GGCGAGGGGGGACACGUGACGAUGCUUUCGGCUUUUCCGUGGGAGCAAUAAUAAAUAAAGAAUCAUUGCGACCACGGCGAUGAUUGCAGAGCCGUGGAUGCGACGUCGAGGUGGCUGUCGUUAACGAGCGGCGCGUGAACUUAUCCCGCUGCCAUUGCCUGGUAAGCAAGGCCAGUCAGUGGGAUGUGCUGAUGCUGCAGAUUAUGCUGCUGCUGCAGCAGCUGAUGAUGAUGAUCAUCAGCAUCGCAGCAGCAAGGACGGCAGCAGCACAUCGCAGCGGCACACAGCCGCGAGCAGCGAGCAAGGGAGAGGUCUGAGAGCGAGGGGAGCUGAGAGAGGAGGGAGAGACAGCGGGAGCCGAGGUCGAGAGGAGGAGGAGGAGGAGAGAGAGCGAGGCAGGGGGAGCGCGAACACUGUACAGGGAGAGCUGAGAGGGGGAGAGGAGCAGGCGAGAGGCGGAGAGAGGGAGAGCCGGGGAGAGAGCGGGCAGAGAGAGAGCGGGCAGCAUGUCUGCGUCUGCAGGCGGAGAUCUGUGCGCGCCCUCGUGGAAGAAGCAGACGGAGGACAUCACGGCCACGUACGAGCUGCGCGAAGUGCUGGGCACGGGCGCGUUCUCGGAGGUGGUGCUGGCGCAGGAGAAGGCGUCGGGCCGUCUCUUCGCCGUCAAGUGCAUCACGAAGCAGGCACUGCGCGGCAAGGAGAGCAGCAUCGAGAACGAGAUCGCCGUGCUGCACAAGCUCAAGCAUGAGAACAUCGUUUCCCUGGAGGACAUUUACGAGAGCAAGACGCAUCUCUACCUCGUCAUGCAGCUGGUCUCCGGAGGGGAGCUGUUUGACCGCAUCGUGGAGAAGGGCUUCUACACGGAGAAGGACGCCAGCGCCUUGAUCCGGCAAGUCCUGGACGCCGUGCGCUACCUGCACCAGAUGGACGUUGUCCACCGUGACCUCAAGCCGGAGAACCUGCUGUACGACAGCCCUGAUCCCGACUCCAAGAUCAUGAUCAGCGACUUCGGCCUCUCCAAGAUCCAGAUCGGCGGCGACGUCAUGUCCACCGCGUGCGGCACGCCGGGAUACGUGGCCCCGGAGAUCCUGGCACAGAAGCCGUACGGGAAGGAGGUGGACUGCUGGUCUAUCGGGGUCAUCUCCUACAUACUCCUGUGCGGGUACCCGCCCUUCUACGAUGAAAACGACGCGACGCUGUUCGAGCAGAUCCUGAAGGCCGAGUACGAGUUCGACUCCCCGUACUGGGACGACAUCUCCGACUCAGCCAAAGACUUCAUUCAGCACUUGAUGGAGAAGGAGCCGGCCAAGAGGUACACCUGCAGCCAGGCCCUCGAACACCCGUGGAUCGCGGGCGACACGGCCCUGGACAGGAACAUUCACGAGUCCGUGAGCGAGCAGAUCAAGAAGAACUUCGCCAAGAGCAAAUGGAAGCAAGCCUUCAACGCCACGGCGGUGGUGCGGCACAUGCGGAAGCUGCAACUGGGCUGCAGCCAGGAUGGGCCAGUCCAGGCGGUGCUCCCUGCGGCGCCCUACAACGAUAGCGCGCUGCACCCCGCCUGCUCCAGCAAAGGCAGCUCCAGCUCGGCGUCUCUGUCGACGUCCGAGGACACCAUGUCAAGCUCCCCCACGCCGUCGCCCACCUUCACGGGGCCUUCCCUCAAGCCGCCGCCCGGCGCGCGCCCCACGGCCGUGCAGGAAUGAGGGGCCUUCUCGUGCCCCCCCCCCCCCCCCCCCUCGCGCGAGGGCCCGUCGCUUGCGGGGCCUCACGUUGCAUGCUGCUGCUGCUGCUGUUUUUUGUGUGUGGGGGGGCCUUCACGCGGGACCUCGCUUUGGGCCUUCGCGCCAUAUCUUGACGGUGUCAACGUUAAUGUGGGCCUUCCUCACGGCCCCGGUGCGGUGUUUUCCCCCUCCGGCUGAUGCCGGCGGUCUCGUGGUCUGGGCCUUCACGUGAUGUCUUUUCCUGGAGCUUCAUAGGGAGCUUUCCCGCAGGACCUUCCUCUAGAACUAACCGUGUGUAAACCUUCAUGCAGGGCCCUCGUCAUCGGGGAUCUUCACGGGGACCUGCGCCGUGAGCGAUCGUAGUGGGCACGCCUUUGACCUCGCGGGGAGGCCCGGGUGGCACAGGCAGCCAGUGGAGGCAUCGGGGAGGUCCUGGGCCCCAGACUCCCGCAGCGAGAUUCGCUUCAGGAUCUCCGGUGCAGCCGGCACGAAGGUCCCGGCACGGUCACCGAUGAAGGCACUUAAAAAAAGACAAAGCCAUUGUGCGGUUCUGGGUUCGCGCUUGAGUUUGGCCCGGCUGAUAUCCGGGGGAUAAUUUGUAAAUAUGGGACGUGACGAUAAUAGGCGCAGGGCAAACCACAAAGUUAGUCGCCACAGCUGGCAUAUGGGCGAGGUAGACUCUCCGGGGGAUGACGGGCAGAUUAUUGUGAUAUCUCUCAAGAGUUUCAAUACAAAAUUAAACCACUCUCACCCUUAACCCCCUUUUCCACUGGCACUUUGGGAGCCGUGCCAAGCACAGGGAGGGUCCUCGCGGUACGAUCGGUUGUGCACUGGGGCUAUUACCGAGCUGAGCCGGAGCCAAACCCUGAAACUCUGACCUCGCAAGACAUCCGAAUCAGCUCGGAGCCAAGCAGGGCCAGGUUUGGGGUCAAUCACUUCCAUCGCGCGUCGUUCUCGGCGCACCGGCUAGCGGCGGCGCUCGUUCCCCGGCAGCCCCGGGGUGGGGGACUCGGCUUGUGCCGCCACCCUUCACGACAGCGCGGCACCGCUGGGAAUGCCGGUGGCCAAGUCGAGAGCCAAUUUUAUAUUUUUCAAACCUCCCCCCCCCCUUACCCACCCUCCCGCCAAAAACUUAGACUACAACACUUCAUCGUGCACCAGUUAUCGAGAGCCUGAGAGAGAACGUGAUGUGGUCAGCAGCGGAUGGAUGUCCGAUGGAGAGACUGCCCCCCCCCCCCCCGCCACGGGAAUGUGGAGUUUCCACCAUCGGCUCACGGUGGAGAUUAGCGUCACCGCGGUGCUCGCUUGACUGUGACAUCAUCGCGUUGCGGACCGUGUGUGUGUGUACGUGUGUGUGCGUGUGUGUGCGUGUGUGUGUGUGCAUGUGUGUGUGCGUGCGUGUGUGUGUGGAU